UUGUAAAGAUGGGUGUAACCAGUUCAUGAUUCCAGAUGUCAGAGAAGUAGCCUACACUCCGAACUGUACUAUUCCUGAGAGCAUCAUGUCGGAUAAAAGUGAGCUGAAAGCUGAACUGGAGAGAAAGAAACAGCGUCUGGCUCAGAUCAGAGAGGAGAAGAAGAGAAAAGAGGAGGAACGCAAGAAAAAAGAGGCGGAGCUGAAAGAGGCCGCUCCACAGCGGGAUGAUUCAGAUCUGGAGAAGAAGCGCAGAGAGGCAGAUGCUCUGUUACAGAGUAUGGGCAUCACAUCUGACGUACCUGUGGUUCCUGAAACAAUGUCUCCCACAGCCAAAUCUGUGGACACUCCAAGUGAGGCAGGUAGUCAAGAUUCAGGAGAUGGUGCUACAGGACCAAGGCGUGGUCCACUGAAGUUGGCCAUGGCAAAGGUGACCCACGUGGACUUUCCACCCAAAGAGGUGGUGUCUUACACCAAGGAAACACAGACGCCCACCAUGACGGAACAGAAAGAGGAGGUAGAUGAGGAGGAAGAGACCCCUCACCCACAGCCAGCAGUCGAGGCAGAGAAAGAGAAACCAGUAGAGAAACAGGAAGAGGAAGUGCCCCCUCAUGAGUUUACAGAGGAGGAGAAGUUACAGAUCCUGCACUCAGAAGACUUCAUGGAGUUUUUCGAUCACAGCACACGCAUUGUAGAGCGCGCUCUCUCUGAACAUGUGGACGUUUUCUUUGACUACAGCGGCCGUGACAUGCAGGAGAAGGAGGGUGAGAUGCAGGCUGGAGCCAAACUGUCUCUAAACAGGAAGUUUGUUGAUGAGCGCUGGUCCAAACAGCGAGUGGUUACCUGUCUGGAUUGGUCCCCACAGUAUCCUGAGCUGCUGGUCGCUUCCUAUAACAACAAUGAGGAAGUGCCUCAUGAGCCUGACGGAGUGGCUUUGGUCUGGAACAUGAAGUACAAGAAGACCACACCAGAGUAUAUCUUCCACUGUCAGUCUGCGGUCAUGUCUGCUGCGUUUGCAAAGUUUCAUCCUAACUUGGUUGUUGGUGGGACUUACUCGGGACAGAUCGUCUUGUGGGACAACAGAAGUAAUAGGCGCACACCUGUCCAGAGGACACCUCUGUCGGCUGCCGCCCACACGCACCCAGUGUACUGUGUUAAUGUGGUUGGCACACAGAAUGCUCAUAACCUCAUUAGCAUCUCUACGGAUGGGAAGAUGUGCUCAUGGAGUCUGGACAUGCUGUCCCAGCCACAGGAUAGUAUGGACCUGGUGUUUAAGCAGUCAAAAUCUGUUGCGGUCACCUCAAUGUCCUUCCCUCUGGGUGAUGUUAAUAAUUUUGUGGUGGGAAGUGAGGAUGGAUCAGUCUACACAGCCUGUCGCCAUGGCAGUCGUGCAGGUAUCAGUGAGAUGUUUGAGGGGCAUCAUGGUCCGAUCACAGGGAUUCACUGCCACACUGCAGCUGGACUGGUUGAUUUCUCUCAUCUCUUCCUGACCGCCUCUUUUGAUUGGACUGUUAAACUCUGGAGCACCAAAAAUAACAAGCCACUGUACUCGUUUGAGGACAACUCCGAUUAUGUGUAUGAUGUCAUGUGGUCUCCGGUGCACCCCACUCUUUUCGCUUGUGUGGACGGACUCGGGCGGAUUGACCUUUGGAACCUCAACAAUGACACAGAGGUACCCACUGCCAGCAUGGCUGUUGAUGGUAGUCCUGCUCUAAACAGACUGCGCUGGUCUCAGACGGGCAGAGAGAUUGCUGUGGGAGACUCGGAGGGACAGAUCCACAUUUAUGACGUUGGCGAGCAAAUCGCAGUCCCACGAAGUGAUGAAUGGACACGCUUUGUGCGGACGCUGGCUGAUAUUAAUGAAAAUCGUGAUGAUGCAGAAGAACUGGCCGCCCAGCGCCUCACCGCUUGAUCAUCAUGGAAACCAACGCCAUUCCAAAGAUCUCAGAAACUAACAGCCCCAGACAAUGACAGCUGUAAUCAUCUCUUUGGAAAAUUUUUUGUGGGCAAACCUUUGAUUCUGCCUUUUUGAAAUAAAAAUAUUAAAUCCAGACUGUAGAUUCGAUUCAUAGUAUGGAGGCAGAAGGUGUCUCACCCCAGAAGCCUUAACAUUUACAGGCAAAUAAAAAAAUAUAAAUUUUUCUCAGUUUAUAUCCAGGUGCCUCUGAGCUUGAUAAUCUCUCAGAUUACUAUACACAGCCAAACAAAAACAUCUACACGAGUGAAUCUCACAAAACCUGUCAAGAACAUGUCCAGGUCACAUUUCACCCCCAAAUCUAAAUAAAUAAUUACUAAAUGCAAAAAAAAAAAGAACAAUUUAUUUGAUUUGGUUCUUUCAAACCAAAUCAAACUAGAAAGAAGUCUAGAGAUCGACCUAUUUAACCCUAGAUCUGCUCCAUUGGGCACAAAUUCAACAUCACAUGAUGAGUUUGGUGUAGAUUUCUGUUGUUUAGCUGUGGACCAAACACUAGAGUGAUUUGUAACUUUCAACUCUUUUUUUUUUUUUUAAAUCUUGUUCCUCUCCACCUGAGCAGAGUCUCCUAUUUAUGAUGCAUAUCAAUACAUACUGCUUGUCUUCAGACUAUCUGAACUAUUUAAAUUGAAUCUCAUUUUUAGAUCAAGGUCUUCCUCCUCCAGUAUUAAACAUCUGUUUGAAACGGUAACUGUAGCUUUUGCAGAACCUCUUUGAAUGUCUUUGUAUAUCUACAAAUUCUUUUUCUAAGCCAAAACUUUGUUAAACCUGUUCUGACUUACCUCAAUCAGGUUGAAGUCCUCAGGCUGUUCUGUAGUACUUGAGAGAAGAUAGUAGUCAGGAUUUUUGCAACUAUUUCCUACAGUGUUCUUCAUGUUUGAAUGUCCAAUAAAUUCUGCUUUUCAUUUCAUUUCUAUAAGUUGAGUUAUGUUUCUUGACAACCUGUUCAAUAUUUUAUUUGAAAUAAAACAUCUUU